CGCUAGCCCAUGUUAGCGGCUCCACCGCACAAUGGACGUAUCGCAUAACCAUGAACGAAGCCCCCUGGGGCGGGGCGAACCGAGAGAACUCCAAGAUGGCGCUGCGGGAGUCGCUGGAGUCGCCAACGCACACGAAAUGCAAGAUAUACUGCGAGCCGCGGUGGAGGCCCAAAAGGAGUCGAGGACCGGACCGAAGGCUUCAGUAUGCGACUGUCAUUCACCGACCGCAAGGAACAUUGUGGUCUGUAUCGACGGCACCGCGAACCAAUUCGGACUGAAGAACACGAACGUCGUCGAACUUUUCAGCGGGCUGGAGAAGAGUGAUGAUCAGUUGACGUACUAUAACAGUGGCAUCGGCACGUUCGUCAAAGAUUCCCGGACGUCGCCUCGAUACUGGCGUCAGGUUUUCAACCACACCGUCGACAUGGCUAUAGCUUGGAACUUCAAACGCAUCGUACUUGACGCAUACCGGUGGUUAUCUGAGGAAUAUAAAGCAGGCGACCGAAUCUUUCUGUUUGGUUUCUCCCGCGGUGCAUACCAGAUUCGCGUUCUCGCAGGGAUGAUAGAACUGGUGGGGCUACUCUGCCGGGGUAACAACGCGCAAAUUGUCUUCGCAUACGAACUUUAUAUCUCCAUCAUCGCGAACGGCAAGCGUAAUGGGCUUGAGAGAGGACAGAAUAACAACGCCAAGGACCCUAUGACCGACUCUGGACAGGGGGUAGUCAUCACGGACAAGAAGGAUCCUCGCUACGCGACAGCGCUUUGCAAGAACUUUAAGAGCACCCUUUCGCAGGAAGGCGUGAAGGUCCACUUCGUCGGCGCGUGGGACACCGUUUCUUCGAUCGGCGUGGCACGGGGACCGAGUCUUCCCGAAACAACGAACGGAAUGACUCACGUAUGCGUGUUCCGACAUGCGCUAGCUCUGGACGAGCUCCGCGUCAAGUUCCUUCCCGAAUACGCGAAUGGUGGGGCAGGCCCUGUCUCGUCCGCUAGAGGGGAUGCGACAUCGGGUGCGGCCGGUCAACCGAAGGGGAACAUCAAGGAGGUCUGGUUCGCGGGGUCACAUUCAGACAUCGGCGGAGGCAACACCGUCAAUCUCAACGUCGACCAAUUCGGGCCAGCCCUUCGUUGGAUGAGGCACGAAGCCACGAGUUGCGGUCUACGAGUAAAGCCUUUCCGAGGGACCUGGAGACCUUUCCAACCCAAUUUAACCAUGUCUCUCGUUUGGAAGUUUGUGGAAUUGCUACCCUUGAGACGGCUCACUUACAAGACCACACCGCAAUCAAAUUCGGAAGAUAGUCAACGCUGGCCGCCACACCUUUCGUCACCUCGCAUUGUCAUGGAGGGCCAGCUCAUCCACCAGUCCGCGUUCGAGCUCGGCGACUAUAAGCCGCGUGCUCGCCUUCCGGGUCAGGUUACGUGGAGCAAAGACGAACUUCUGAGGAAGGGGAUGCUUGAAAAAGAUCCAUACCUAUCAAUCGACGCUAUUUUGGAACAGAUCAUCGGACACGAGCAUCUUUCGGAUGAAGAUCGCGGCGUGCUCGUCAUGGCGGCUUCGCGGGAUGCCGACAGUAAUCGGACCGUUAUGGGCGUUGCUGACGCUGUCAAAAAACUGUUUGAUGCUCUCGAAUCCACGAGACAAGACAGUCAUAGGAGUGCAGAUGACAAGAAAUUACUUGUCCGAGACAUCGUCCUCGCAUUCGGUGCAUUUCCUCCGCUCCCAAGACACAGUGCUUCCGGCCUUCCUGAACGCAAGCUACGAGCGCUGCUGUAUGAUGCAGACAGCCACCAGGCGGGUACUCCUCAGGAUGUUUCCAACAUAAUAAGCGCAUUUGGAACCAGAUUGUUGUUGGAGCUGCGCGGCCACAGUGGGACUGUAAUAGUAUCUGUAGCCUUUCCUCCGGAUGGCACACGGAUUGCUUCGGGCUCCGAGGAUAGGUCGAUCCGAAUCUGGGCGGCGGAUACCGGAAAGGAAGUUCUAGAGCCACUUUUGGGGCAUACAGGUUGGGUCAGGUCUGUCGCAUUCUCCCCAAACGGAGGAUGUCUUGCCUCAGGCUCGUAUGACGAAACCGUCCGACUGUGGGACGUGGAGACGGGUCAGCAGAUCGGGGAGCCGCUCCGAGGGCAUACAGGCUGGGUUCGGAGUGUCGCGUUCUCACCCGACGGCAACCGCAUCGUCUCGGGCUCAGACGACAGGACACUCCGAAUCUGGGAUGGGCAGACGGGACAGGCCAUCGGCGAGCCUUUACGGGGUCACUCUACCGGUGUUAACACCGUCGCAUUUUCACCGGAUGGGAAGCACAUCGCCUCUGGAUCCGCUGACAGGACGAUCCGACUCUGGGACGCCGGGACAGGGAAAGCAGUCGGGGAUCCGCUUCUAGGCCACAAUCGCUGGGUUCGGUCCGUUGCAUAUUCUCCCGAUGGCACUCGCGUCGUCUCUGCGUCCGACGACGAAACACUCCGGAUCUGGGACACUCUGACGGGAAAGACGGUGUUGGGCCCUUUGCGAGGGCACACCGACUACGUAAGAUCGGUCGCAUUCUCGCCGGAUGGCAAGUACAUCGUCUCCGGCUCCGACGACCGCACUAUCCGGAUAUGGGACGCGCAGACGGGACAGACCGUGGUGGGGCCGUUGGAAGCGCACACGAACUGGGUGAAUGCCGUUGCGUUCUCCCCCGAUGCCAAGCGCGUUGUCUCGGGUAGCAGUGACGGGUUGGUGAAGAUAUGGGAUGCAGAAGUUGAUUGA